AUGAACGUCGUCGAGCAGAAGCGCAGAGACGUCGACAAGUACGCUCAAGACGUCUUCUACUCGAGUCGCUACAACGACACGCACGAGUACCGCCACGUGAUCCUCCCCAAGGCGCUCGUCAAGUACCUGCCCAAGGAGCGUCUGCCCGAGGAGGAUGAGUGGCGCUCGCUCGGCAUCCGCCAAUCGCCUGGGUGGUGGGCUUACGAGCGACACGCUCCCGAACCGCACAUCCUCCUCUUCAAGCGCGCAAAGGAGGCUUGA